CUUUUGCCGAUAUUCGCCGUCGCCGCUGCUGCUAUACUUACCGUCUAUGUGUCUAUUCCAUAUUGAACAGUGCUCACUUGGUAGCGCUGCCGUCACAGAGUGCUAGUGUUCGGAACGUGCGUGUAUCAUCAGGGUAUACCUGUCUCCCGUCUGCUUGUACCUAUACGCAUCGUCCUCGAGAUUAUACUUAGUUCAAAGACAGAAGUGAAGAAACAACAACGAAAGUGCGAGUGUGCCUGUUGGAGAGCUAACUCCAGUGAACCCAAAUAAUCGUCUGCUCAACAAUCCCCGAAGACGAGGCGUCGUUCCCUGUUGGCCGAGAGUAUAGAUAAUAAAUAGUCCAGCCGCCCGCCCCGUGUACGGUACUCACGCAAGCAAGCAGGCUAUAUCUUGCUUACUCACACGCACACAUACCUGCACACACACGUAUAUAUAUACAUAUAUACAUACAUAUAUACGUACAAGCUCCAAUACCACGCAACGCAUCCGCGUCAGCAGAAGUAGCAGAGUAGCAGUUGUUGGGUGCUAAAUAAGUAGUUAAAGCAGCAGUAACAGCAUCAGGAUGAGCACAGCAGAGAAUCCGAUCUACGGGCCGUUCUUCGGCGUGAUGGGUGCCGCAUCGGCCAUCAUUUUUUCCGCCCUGGGAGCAGCGUAUGGCACUGCAAAAUCAGGUACCGGAAUCGCAGCGAUGUCCGUCAUGAGGCCUGAGCUCAUCAUGAAGUCCAUCAUUCCCGUCGUCAUGGCGGGUAUCAUUGCCAUUUACGGCCUGGUCGUGGCCGUCCUGAUUGCUGGAGGCCUUGAUCCACCAGCUUCUUAUCCUCUAUUUAGAGGUUUCAUUCACUUGGGAGCUGGUCUGGCUGUCGGUUUCUCAGGACUAGCUGCCGGUUUCGCGAUCGGCAUUGUGGGUGACGCCGGAGUCAGGGGUACGGCCCAACAACCUCGCCUCUUCGUCGGUAUGAUCUUGAUUCUCAUCUUCGCCGAGGUAUUAGGUCUCUACGGUCUCAUCGUCGCCAUCUACUUGUACACUAAAUCAACGGCUUGAACAGCUCGAUCGCGACGCUCAACCAAAGAAAAUCAAAGUCAUGAUUUUCUUUCGCGAUUCCAAAGCCUUUCUAUCCACCUCCCAAGAUUUAUUUGUUGAGCCUACAUUGUUUAGUUUAAUUGCGCUGAUUGUUGUACGAUUGUCCAUCGAUACGCUUUUAUAUACAUGUAUAUAUUUUUUCUACAUAUUUAUGUGUAUAUAUCACCGUAUCAUAUUAUUAUUAUUUUUAUUAUUAUAAUUAUUAGUAUUAUCAUUACACUUAUAGAAAAAGUGAAAGAAAUAGACUACCAUUUUUCUGAUAACUUUUGGCUCGUUUAACCUUGUUUUACCCAAUCAAUUGAAUUUACCUUACACAGUGGUCACUUUUUUUAAAUUUAACUACUUAUUUUGCAUCUAAAUGAUUGUGUCGAAAGACUUUCGUAAUCAUGCGAAAAUCGUAUAAUUUCUCUUCUACUGUAAAAAAAAAAUAGUAGAUACAAAUUGAAAAGAAAAAAAAACAAUGAUUAAAAAAAAAGAAUAAAGAUUCAAAAAUGAAAGUGAAAAUAAAUCAUGAUUUUGAUUUCUGUCACGGUCUGGUUAAUAAUUAUCACGCAAACAAAAGAGUAUUGAGUAAAUAAAAAGCGUCAUUAAAUAUAGUGGCAAGAAAGUCGCCUACGGUCGACAACUUUGCUCAACACGAAUUUUAGUUAUAAAUUACCUAAUAAUGAGUAACUUUUAGAUUUGAAAAAAAAAA